AUGCAAGAUUCUCCCUUGGCCGCACAAGGCCACCAUCCCCCAUAUCAUGGGGACUGUGAUGACCCUAUAUAUGCUGCUCCUCCUCCAGAAGAUCCACCGCCUUCCUACGAAGACGCGACCCAUUCCUCGACUUCGCCCCUCCUAGUGGGGCCACCCCCAGACUAUGGCGCCUUUCAAGCAUACGUCGACCCUGAUGAGUCUUCUGAGGCCAGCAGCGAGGUAGAAGAGGCAGACCUAUCGUUACCAGAACGAAUCGGACAGGCUUUUGGUGUGUUUGUGUCCGUGGCUAUUCUGUACAUAUUCUGGAGCAUCAUCACCUCGCCCGACCCUGACGACUUCCUACACCGCUACGCAACAGCGCUCGCAGCACGCCCCUAG